GAAUACCAAACACUCACCGGAUUCGAAUUUAGUGUUACAAUAUGAAACUCAAAAUUAUUAGUGUGUGUCUAUUAGGACUGGCGGUGGCAAGAGCGGUACGUUUGGUAGGUAAAAGUCACCUAGCCGGGGAAGGACGUGUAGUGGGUGGUGAGGUGGCGGAGGAAGGUUUGGCGCCCUAUCAAAUCUCUUUGCAGGGCAUGUAUAACGGUCAUAUGUGUGGUGGUGCCAUUAUUGACAAAGAAUGGGUUUUAACAGCUGGCCAUUGUGUGGAUGGCUACAAUCCCACAUAUCUGAGAAUUAUAACGGGCACCAAUAAGCAUUAUGAACCAGAUGCGAUCUAUGAAGUGGAUGAAUUCUGGACUCAUUGCAACUUUAAUAAUCCCAUGUAUCACAAUGAUAUUGCCCUGAUACACAUAAAUGGCAGCAUUAAAUUCAAUGAGAAAACACAACCCAUCCGAUUACCCGUUAAGCCUAUGAAGCCAGGCGAUGAUGUUCUGUUAACUGGCUGGGGUAGCACUGAGUUUGGCAGUGGCGGUCCCGAUGAAUUGCAAAAGUUGACUACUAAGUUUAUUUCUCAUCAACAGUGCAGUGAAAUGCAUGAAGGCGAAAUGCAUGAAAUGCUAGAUGUUGGUCACAUCUGCACAUUUACUCAUUUGGGCGAAGGUUCGUGUCAUGGCGACUCAGGUGGUCCUUUGGUUAGCAAUGGCUAUUUAGUUGGUCUUGUCAACUGGGGUAGACCCUGUGCCACCGGUGUUCCAGAUGCUCAUGCCAGUGUUUAUUACUACAGAGACUGGAUACGCAAGACCAUGAAUACAUGGAGGGGUCAGUGCAGUUCGUGUCAUUGCAGUGCUAGUAAUUAUCCUUGGACCGGUGGUAAUCAACGUAAAAAUUAAAUAGUUUGAAAAUUCGAUUUAUGAUUCUUAAAAUAAGAAAACUUGGAAUUUGUAUUGUUUAAUUUUACUAACUAAUAUAUUU